GGACAAGUCCCACCCCCGCGCUAGCCAGCCAGGCCCCUUUGUUUGCUCUCAUUGGCCCUCUCCGCUGCCACUCCGGCCCGCCAGUUCCUGGUUGCGAGGCUGGGCUGCCGAAGGAGCGGAGGGGGAACCGGGGUCUCCCGCGGGCAGAGCGAAUUGCAAGCCGCUGCCUUGAUGGAGGAGCUUAGGCAAAUCAGAUUUUCUCGCCCACCCAAGAUCAGCCAAUCCUCAAAGGUGUACAAAUUUGCUGACCACUCCAGCCUUGUUCUUCAGAGCCUGAAUGAACAGAGACGCUGCAAUCUCUUCUGUGAUGUGGUUUUAGUGGUGGAGGAGCAGAAAGUCCCCGCUCACCGGAACGUUCUAGCUGUCUGCAGUGACUAUUUCCACACCAUGUUCACGAUCGGCAUGCGAGAAGCUCACCAGAAAGAAGUUGAGCUCUUUGGUGCCACUUGCGUUGGCCUCAAAGCUGUCCUGGACUUCCUCUAUGGGUGCGAUCUAUUUCUCAGCAGUGGAAAUAUCCAUUCCAUUUUGGAAACGGCUCACCUGUUGCAAAUCUGGAAGGUGGUGGAUUUCUGUUGUGAGUACUUGGAAAACGAGGUCAACGAAGAGAACUACUUAUACCUCCAAGAACUUGCUUCCAUCUUCAACCUCAAGCGCCUGGACUCCUAUAUUGACACGUUCAUCAUAAAGAACUUUGGCACUCUCUCGCUCACGCCGGACUUCUUACAAAACCUUCCUGUCGAGAAACUCUGCCAGUACCUCGGCAGUACGGGCGUGCAAGAGGAGUGUGAACAUGACUUGCUGCAGGCGGCUUUGCGGUGGCUGAUGCAGCACCCCGAGCGGGAAACAGAGGCCUACCGAGUCUUGGAGAACAUCCAUUUCCCUCUGAUCCCAAAGAGCGACCUCCUGCACCGGGUCAAGCCGGCUAUCUGCUCCCUCCUUCCCAAAGAAACCCGCUGCGAAGACUUUGUGGAAGAGGCGGUCAACUACCACAAUCAGGUGGCCGCUCAGCCUGUCCUGCAGAAUAAGCGGACGGUUCUCCGGACCCAGGAAGAGAAGCUUCUCUUUGUCGGAGGAGAAGUGUCGGAGCAUUGCUUGGAGCUGAGUGACGAUACCUGCUUCCUGGACCCCAAAACAGGACAGUGGGUGAAGGAGACACCGCUGCCCGCCAGACGGAGCCACCACUGUGUUGUGGUUCUUGGGGGGUUUAUCUUUCUUGCCGGCGGCAGCUUUUCCCGUGACAACGGUGGGGAUGCAGCUUCGAAUCUUCUCUAUAGGUAUGAUCCUCGGUGUAAACAGUGGAUAAAGCUUGCCUCGAUGAAGCAACAACGAGUGGACUUUUACCUCGGGGCCAUCAGAGACAUGCUGGUGGCUGUGGGUGGCAGGAAUGAAAACGGAGCACUGUCAUCGGUUGAGACCUACAGCCCCGAGAAGGACACCUGGUUCUACGUCGCUGGCUUGCCCAGGUUUACGUAUGGCCAUGCAGGUGCUGUCCAUGAGGAACUCGUCUACAUUUCGGGAGGCCACGAUUAUCAGAUCGGUCCCUAUCGCAAAAACCUGCUGUGCUAUGAUUAUCGGACAGAUAGCUGGGAGGAGAGGAGGCCCAUGAUCACCGCUCGGGGUUGGCACAGCAUGUGCACUCUACAGGACGACAUUUAUUCGAUUGGGGGCAGCGAUGACCACCUGGAAACCAUGACACGCUUUGACAUUCUGUCGGUGGAAUCCUACAGCCCCAAGUGCAAUCAGUGGACAAGAGUGGCGCCUUUAUUCCAGGCCAACAGUGAGUCCGGCGUGGCCACGUGGGACGGCAAGAUCUACAUUCUGGGAGGCUAUAGUUGGGAAAACACAGUCUUCUCCAGGGCCGUUCAGGUCUACGACAAAACAACAAAGCAAUGGCAAAAAGGGAACGAUCUUCCCAAAGCCAUAGCCGGUGUUUCGGCUUGCGUCUGCGUUUUGAGGCCCAGAUCGCAUGACAAAAAGAAAAAGUCCAAACCGCAACGCCAUCAGGAUCGAGGGAGAUGAUGAAUUUUGGCUUGGAUGGAAGCCUGUCAGUACCUUUUCCUAAUGCAAGUAGUCCUCAACUUAUGAUCACAAUUGGGACCGGAACUUCCAUUGCUAAACGAAGUGCUUGUUAAGCGAAGCUGUAUCCAAUUUACAUUCUUUCCAUGAUGGUUGAGUGAAUCGCCAUGGUCAUUAAGGGAAACACAUGGUUGUUAAGUGAAUCCAACUUCCCCUAUUGACUUUGUCUGGCUGGGAAGGUUGCAAAUGGGGAUCAUGUGACCCUGGGAUGCUGCAACCUUCCUAACCCUCUGCUAAGUGCCUGAAUUCUGAUCAUGAGGACGCUGCAACAGUUGUUUAAGUGCGAGAACUGAUUGUAAGUCAUUUUUCGUAGUGGUUGCUAAAUGCAUGGUCAUUAAAUCAAGGACAGCCUGUACAGAGAACUGGUUUUGAAAAUUUCAGAACAGUUUUUCUUAACUUGGGCUGGAGAAUUUCCUCUAUUGUCCAUCUUUACCUCUCUGGAGUGGCGAGCAAACUGCACCAGUAAAUGUUACUCAUCUUUGGAGUAACCUCAGCAUUAGGGCGCAAAGUCCAUGAAGACGAAAUCACAGAGCGUUUACAAAUGGUAACUAAGGAGAUGAAUAUCAGAGAUCUUCAGAGAAAGUGGAGCAGGUAGAUCUCUUCUUAAAAAGGUAGAAUCUUAUCAAUAAAAGCCUGUCCAUCAAAACUCACUUCCUGUAUUAAAAUCCUACUUUGGGAAAAAUGGAUAAAAAACAGCACUUCAUUUAUAUAUACUGCUUUUAGCAGUCAAGACAGGCAUGUCAAACUCACAAUGCCAUGUGACAUCGCGCGACGUAUCACAACUUUUUCCCCAUUGCCGGCAAUAGGGUGGGUAUGGUUUCAGUGUGAUGUAUCUGGCCUGUGGGCCAGCAGUUUAACAUGCCCGAGCUAAGAGGUUCCUGAAACGGGUUUUUAAAAACCCUACUCAUAAUGACACCCAUGUUAUGCUUUGGCCUGAAGAUCUUAUCAGCAUCUGGAGGUAAUUUAGCAGAAUAGAGUUGGAAAGGACCUUGGAGUCUUCUAGUCCAACUUCCUGCUCAAACAGGAGACCUUAUACCAUUUCAGACAAACAGUUGUCCAAUCUCUUUUAAAAAACCUCCAGUGAUGGAGCACCCACAACUUAUGAAGGCAACUUUUUUCCACUAAUUGUCCGUUCCAUUAAUUGUUCUGUCAGGAAAUUUCUCCACAGUUCUAGGUUGCUUCUCUCUGUGAUUAAUUUCCAUCCCUUGUUUCUUGACUUGCCUUCUGUUGCUUUGGAAAAUAGGUUUAAAUAGUUUAAAUGAUUAAAGAUUAUUCUUGCUUCAGGUAAAACACAUUUCUCAUGAAUUUGGGGAAGCCUUUAUUAGUAGAAGAGCCUGUUUUCCUAAUACUUAGCUGGGCACUGAAAAACAGUUUAGCACUAGGAGCAGCGAAAUAUGGUCUUGCCUUAGACACAAAGCCAGUUGGGUGACUUUGGCCAGUCCUCUCAGCCGAAGGCUACUUUUGAAAACAAUGCCUAAAAAAACUGCAGGAACUCAUCAAUGUAGUCUCUAGGAGUAAAAACACUGGGGAAACAAUGAUCUUUGAGAACUAAUUUGUGUAUAAAUAUUAUUUUUUCCUGUGAAUGAAGCUGAUCAUUUUUACAAGGUUUGCUCAAUAUUAGCUUGGAACGAUAUAAUCUCCUUUCCUCUACAUCUUUUUUUGUGUUUAAUCCCGAAUUUGGAUUUCAAACAAUAAACUGUUUCCAAAGAA